CCAACACAGAGAAAAGCCUCAACAGAGUUCACAGCCUUUUCAGUCUUCAUUUCAACAAUGUCUGAUGAGCUGGAGAUCCCAGAAACGAUGCCGAGAGUGAUAGCCUUCCUCUCCGCCGUGCUGGACCAGGUGGCCCAGUCCAACGACCUGAACCGGCGGCAAGACUCACAAAAGCUCUCGGUAUUUCACUCCCUCACAAAACCCACCAUCUCAGUCCAGAGCUAUUUGGAGAGGAUUUUCAAGUACGCGGAUUGUAGCCCCUCUUGUUUUGUGGUGGCCUAUGUUUAUCUGGACCGGUUUACACAGAGACAGAAGGCUUUGCCUAUCAACUCGUACAAUGUUCAUCGAUUGCUCAUCACCAGUGUCAUGGUCUCUGCAAAGUUCAUGGAUGACAUUUCUUACAACAAUGCCUACUUUGCAAGAGUGGGAGGAAUCAGCACGAAAGAGAUGAACCUUCUCGAGAUGGAUUUCCUGUUCGGAUUAGGCUUCGAAUUAAACGUGACACCAGAAAACUUUUUCGCCUACUGUUCGUACCUACAAAGAAAAAUGUUGCUGCAAUCUCCACCUCUACAUGUAGCAGAAUCUACUCUGAAUUUGGCGAGCCGUCUGAAGCUCCACUGUUCCUUCAAUGAAGACGAAUCCACCCAUCAAAAGCAUCUUGCUGCAGUUUAGGCAUCAAUUUUGGUGGAAAUUAGAAACUAGAAAAGGUUUGAAGAUGUAAAUGUGGGUUUGUGUUGACUAUUGUUCUUUGUUGUUAGUUCUUACUUUCAGUAG